AUGGGUUCUAAAAAAGCUCAGCUACGCACACCGCCCUACCACCGCGCGGGCUCUUCUCGAGCUUCACGUAAUGGCGGGACUGGAACCGCGCAACUGCGUCAGCAUGUUGAAAAAAAGAGCAAGCGAAAGGAGCCGGAUGAGACAGGGAAAUCGGAAAUCAAGGUAAGGUUGGCUGCCAGUGGCGCCAAAAUCACAGGCAAAUAUGGCGUUUUUCUGGUGCAAAUGCCAGCCGUGAAGAACUGGGCCGAGUUGGAUGGAACGCAGCUGCAUCAGAUUGUGGCAGAACUCGAGGUUGUGACCAAGGGAUCUGCCACGGUCACCGCGGCACACGUGCGCCUGCCUGAAGUCUCUGAGUCGGCAGUAGGAGCUGGUGCACCGGGCCUGGGUUUUGGUGGGACGUUUGGCGGCUGCGUUACGACGCUGCAUCCCGGGAUGCAGAACCGUGACCUGGAGUCAUUCACACAUUUCCUUGGAGGCGAAGACAAGGUGGACGGGGGAAAGGAAGAAUAUGAAGAGGCUUUUGGGGUUGCUACGCCUUUUGAUGCGAGAUGGAGCUUUGCCGUUGGGGGUAAAAGUGCGUUGAAAGUUACAGAAUUGAAUAAUGUGACUUGA